ACAAUUGAAUCGCCAUCUUGGAGUUCAUCACUUUAGAUACUUCUAUAAUUGAUACUUUUGCUGAUACCUUAACAUAUUGGCAUACUUUUUAUCUAUAAUUAUUCAUUUUAUUCAUUAUCAUCUACUAUCUUAUCUAUUGCAUCCGUCCAUUAUGGUGCAUUGUAAUUUGUGACAUAAAAAAAAGUUAGCAACGUUGCAGUCGCUACAUUGUGGCAACACUGUUCGCGAUACGUUUUGCACUUUAAAUCAAGGGCAUUAUCGAGAGGAAAUAUUAUUGUGAUAUACAUAUUUGGGGGGGUGAAAGAGAAAAAAUAUAACACGCUGUGGUUUGUGAUUUUGAAUAAUCUGUUUCUCAUUCGAGUCAAACACCAUGGAUGAUUUGCAGAAUUACAAGCUACAGCUCCAGCAGGUGGAAGCAGCUCUCACAACAGAUCCGAAUAAUGAGGAGUUGAUAAAGCUGAAAUUUGAUCUGAAGGAAGUAAUAAAGCUGACACAUGAUUUAAUUAAAUCACAACAACAGGAAAAAAGACAAGCCAAUGGCAUGGAUGCUAAAGAUCCUAUUUUGCUUGCAGUUCUGGCCAAUAAAUGGAAAGUCGGCGAUCAAUGUAUGGCACCUUGGAGCGAAGACGGCAAAUAUUAUGAAGCAACCAUUGACUCAAUAAGUGAAGAUGGAGUUGUAAACAUAACAUUCAAUGAAUAUAAGAAUACCGAUGUUACCAUGCUCAGUCAGCUGAAAUCUGUUGCUAAGAGGCCAGCAUCAGAUUGGGCAGAUCAAAAAUCAAAGAAAAGGAAGAUGCAAGCAGCUGCGGUGGCAGGCUCAGAUCCAAACAAGCAAAGAGAAUAUCUUAAGAAGAAGAAGCAGAGGAAAUUGCAGCGAUUUAAGGAAUUGGAGGAAGAACGCGAGUUGGAGAAAAACAAAUGGUUAGCAUUUACCAAUAAGUCUUCAAAGAAAGGGGUCAUAAAGAAGAGUAUCUUUGCGACACCGGAGAAUGUGAAUGGUCGCGUGGGAAUCGGUACCUGUGGCGUUAGUGGUCGGGAAAUGACUAAGUUUAGUAAUGGAGAAAAGUGGAGAAGGGGAGCUUAAAUAACUUAAUGUAAAUAAAUAGAUUACUUUACUUGUAACUUGGUGAGAGAUAGAAAAGAUUUUUGCAGAAUUACUAUUAUAUUAAACAUUAAAGAGACUGCUGAUUUUUUCACGAACAUUGGCACAUGGGUUGAAUCAAUGCGCGCAAUCACAAAAAUGGCGGAUAUUUUUAUGAAGUGCGCAGAGAUAAUAAAUUUUGUCAUAUGUUAGCAUCAACCCUAUAACUCCCGAAAUAAUUUCGGAUUUUUUACCGUAACAUGAAAAUAACUAUGACAAAUGUGAAUGUGUUUUUAGAUUAAUAUGUUUCUGUUGAUAUAAUUUGUUUACAAACAAAUUCAUUGAUAUAAAUAAAUGUAUAUAAAUGGAAGAAAUCCAUGGAGGAAACAAAAAUAUCAAGUAUCCAUUUAAUAUAUAUAUAUUUUUUUUUUCAUGAAACAAAUGGAAAAAACUUAUAAACAAUGUGUAACCAAAGAAUAUGGAAUAUAUUUCGAUUAAUCUUAAUGUACAGGUUGAUUACAAUGCAACA